AUGAAGCAGGACGAUAUCCAGCCUCCAAGGGUGACCUCAGGCCCCGGAUAUCCCGAAGCAUUCGCGAUUCAACUCGAGACGGAGCUUUCUGCACUGCGCGAGUCCAUCGCCAGGCAGUCCAGUGACGGGCAUCUAUUCGACAAUAAAGUCACUGUCGACACGCCAGGAUUGGGAGAGGGCCACGUCAAAUGUUCCGUCUGCUUGCCAAAAGCCCCUGUACGAACCCCGUCUCCGGCGCCUCUAUCCCUGAUCAUUCUUCUCGAGGGCGGUGGCUUCGCUCUCGGCCAGCCGAGUGACGGCGAAGCGAAUGCCAGAUUCAUGUCUGACAAACUCAACGCAAUAGUCGUCUCACUCGACUACGCCAAAGCUCCCCGCUACCCCUUUCCCCACGCCCUCCUCCAAGCAUACGACGUGCUGAAGUGGUCAAUCUCGCCAGCGGCCGAGCGGACACUGGGCGUCGCAGCGGACCCAUCUCGUGUCACCGUCGUUGGCUGUUCAGCCGGCGGCAACCUCGCGACCUCGCUCUCGCUCCUCGUCGCCUUCACAGCCGGGCCGGCCGCCCCAUUCCGCGCAGCGCUGGGCCCUCACUUUCGGCAGGUCGCCCAAGUCCUGGUCUAUCCCUGCCUUGCCCUUCACGAGCGGUACGGAGAACGCUUCGCGCGCGCAGCCCCCGAGGCCCAGGCCAAGAGUAUCCCUGUCGUCGUGCUUGAGAAGAUGGAGGCGGCGUACGUACCGCCACAUGUCGAUGGACGGCAGAUCUUCGUGGCACCAAUGCGGGCGGACCUUCAGCUGUUGCGUGAGCUACGGCCGACCUUGGCGCCGAUGCUGACGUUUGUCGCAGGACUCGAUGCCCUGGGUCAAGAAGCCAUUGAGUAUGCGGAGCAGUUCAGGGACGCGGGUAUCGGUUCAGUUGUCAAGAUGUAUCCGGAGGCGGCUCAUGCAUACACACAUGGCAAAGAGGGAGACGCGAGGUGGCGAGAAGAGGAUGCGAGAGACACCUGGGAGAGAGUCUGCGAUUUUGUUUCAAGAAAGAUGUGA